AUGUUUUUGUGUUCUUUUUCAGGCCACAAAUUUGUCACUGAAGGGGAAUAUGUUGAUAUGACAGCGAUCAGUAAAGAACAGUCGGGAUCGUAUGAAUGCAUCUCCUCCAAUGACAUCUCAGCCCCAGAUGUGAAGACAGUGAAAGUCACAGUCAAUUGUAAGCAAGAAAACAAACAAUGACGCCAAACACCACAACACUCAAACAAAUCUAAAUGGUCAGCUUAUCUGUUGCUAUUUUAUCAGCUACAUGGUUUUCCCAGGCUGUUGUUGAUCCAAACUUGUUUUAAGAGCUUAUUAGGGUUAAGAUCAUUUUAGAAGCCUCUUGUUAGUUUAGCAUGUUAGCUCGAGUGUACAUUGGUAUCAACAGAAAAUAUACUGACGCACCUUACAGAUUAUUCAGAAUAAUAGAUACUUCACCUGUUUGAAACAGUUCACUUUAAAGGACAUCAAAGUAAUGGCUAUCAGGUAGUUAUACACAGCAAUAUAUGACAUCAUACACAGCGGGAAGAAUUCUUGCCUGCAGAAAUCAAAAGCAUAAUUUCAAUCUGUCAAGACUGACAAAACAGGCUCUUUCCAAUGUGCUCCCUCCUGUGAGGAAUUUCCACAUUAGGAAGACCCAAUAGUGGCAGUCUUGGAAGAUCAGAUUUCUGUUGUAUUGAUUUCUGUAAGCAGGAAGUUGCCCCACUGUGUCAUAUUGCUGAGUCUACUUUUAAUGUUAAGAAUAUUCACUGCUAUAAAACUCAUUAAAUAACCUCAAUUUCAUACAUCUUACAGACGCUCCCUUCAUUUCGAAGGCCAGGGGUACAGGUACACCAGUGGGCCAAAAAGGGGUGCUCCAAUGUGAGGCCUCUGCUGUUCCUGGUGCAGAUUUUGAGUGGUACAAAGAGGACCGCAGGUAAGUCCUAAUAGAUGUUUUAGAAAAGAGUCUUAGGUUUUAAGGGUCUCAGUUUUGGCCUUUGUUGGUUGUAAGGAGAUGUAAAUCCCCCAGUUGUUUUUAUUCUCCACUGGCAAAAUAUAAUUUUGUCUCAUUAAGAACUUACUAUUCAAAUUACUUUCUUUGGAGAACAAUUUCUAAUCUAAACCAUCAUGGCCACCAAAUGCGAGUUGUAUUGUUUUGCAUAAUUAGUUUCUGUCAAUGGGCUACGUUGCUUGGACAACCUCUGAGAAAGUACAGGGGGUUAUAAUGAAUGACUACGCUUCACAAAUAAAUCUUGUUUCGACACGAACUGGCACAAGCCAGUGAAGCGUGGGGAAUAUUAGCGGUGCAGCCAAAGAGAAAAUGUUACACAACGCAGGUUGUUGUACAGCGACGCAGAGCAGUCGUCUCAGCACGACCUAAUGAGCUGUGUUCAGUAUUAGGGCUCUAGAGACUUAUUUCAAAAGUAUUUUUGUCCAUAAGUUCCCGAGACUAAUAGUCUUUACCAACUGUAGCAUUCAUACUUGUGCUGAACCCUUCAAGGACAUACACAAAUGCCAACACAGCAAUGACCUCAAUGGGCCUUGUUCAGUCAAACUUGACUGGAUUAUACUGACAUUGUUGACAGACUACACCUUCAAACCGUAUACCCAAAUGCAGUGGUUCUCAACUGGUUUUGCCUCAGGACCAAAAUUGAACCAGGUUGUCUCAGUCACGAUCCAAUAUUCGCAUCCCAAUUUAUUGGGGCCAAAAUACAAUCUGGAAAACAAUUUUUUUAUAGUAUAUUGAUAGAAAAUGUGCCAAUUAUAUGACAAGGGAACAACAGUGCCACAUUUUUCAUUGUCGAUAAUUCAAUUUUGCCCAUAUGAAUGUUAAGACCAUAGCAUCAACCAAAUCCGCUGAAAAUACUGUGAUUGAAGAAAAAUAGUUCAGAGGUUAAAUUAUAAAAAAAGAUCUACACACUUUCUAACUGGUUUUAGUUGUUUAGUUCAGACAGGAGUAUUUUUCAUUAACUUUGUUUUAUUAUGAUUAAUAUAUAUAUAUAUAUAUAUAUAUAUAUAUAUAUAUAUAUAUAUAUAUAUAUAUAUAUAUAUAUAUAUAUAUUUGUUUUACUCAGACACUCACAACCCAUUCAAAACCUCCCCCACCAGUUGAGGGCCAAAUUUGAUUGAUAUAAGAAAUACCCAUCAAAUUCACGGCUAUGGGUAUUUGUUUUUGAUAAACAUAUAGAUAUGGGAUUCCAAUAUCAACAUUUAAGAAUGUAUUUUCUUCUUUACAGACUCUUCAAUGGGCUGAAUGGGGUUAAGAUAGAGAACCAAGGUAAACAAUCCAUGCUUAUGUUUUUGAAUGUUUCUGAAGAGGACUACGGAAACUACACUUGUGUGGCCAUGAACACCAUGGGGAUCACCAAUGCAAGCAUAAUCCUCUACGGUAAGACUGCCUACUGUUAA